ACGGUUGAAACUUUGAUGUGUUCGGACGCCUGGCGGUCAGUGGGCGGACAACACACGGACCGUAAGGCUGACGGUAAAUUGUCUCUGCGGUUAUUGUUCUUCAUAGUCGACAAAGAUCGAAGUGGUGCCAUUGAUGCAAGAGAGCUGCAGUCUGCACUCUCUAAUGGAAAUUGGACACCAUUCAACCCUGACACUGUUCGACUGAUGAUUGGUAUGUUUGAUAAGAAAGGGUCUGGCACCAUCACAUUUGAAGAGUUUGGGUCAUUAUGGAAGUAUGUGACAGACUGGCAGCAAUGUUUCCGCUCUUUUGAUCGAGAUAGCUCUGGCAACAUUAGUAAAGAAGAGCUUAGGACAGCUAUUACUACAUUUGGAUACAGGUUUUCUGAGCCAUUUUAUGACGUGUUGAUGAAGCGUUUUGAUAGAUCUGGAAAGGGCGUAGUUCAUUUUGAUGACUUCAUUCAGUGCUGUAUAGUGCUUCAUACGUUGACAUCAGAAUUCCGUCAGCGUGAUCAGGAGCAGAAAGGAAUUGCCACCUUUACUUUUGAUCAGUAUAUGUUAGUCAUGGCUAAAAUCUUGUAAAGUUGUCAGUGUCGAUGGUACUGAGAUGGCUACUGUUACAUACUCUAACCCAGGCCUUUAGCUACCAUGACUCGGAUCGCGAUGGCGUCAUCACAAUUUCUUAUGAACAAUUUCUUCACAUGGUGUUCAGUCUCAGAGUGUAGACCUGGAUAACUCAUAACAUAAUUGCAGCAAUAUUCAACCAACUUGCUCUUGCUUUGACUUAGUUGAGUGAAGCUAUUUAUAAUAAGUUAGUUUAAUUAUCUUACACAAAUUUUAGUAACUUUUUAAGAAUAUUAUUACAUGAUAACUUAGGAAAACCCUAUUAAAUGUAGGCGAGGUUAUGAUUAUAAGACUGAGUCAUUUACUCUGAGGGAUGAUUCAGCAGGUUUUGAUACUCUACUGUUUACAGUGUCUGUUCCUCACCUGCUCCUACAAUUCUCUGGACUUUUAUCUUAGCCUUAAUAGUACAGUAAUGAGAGAUACUGAAGCUUUCGUGAUACUGUACAGUACUUAGAUUGUGAUCUAGAUUUUCAUCUUACUUACAUUAAUUACUAAGAAUGCGUUACACAUAUGGCAUUAUAGUGCGUAUGUUUGCAGAUCAUAAAAUUCUUUACAUUUAGUAUGUGUAGCUUUUCAGUGUAUUGUUUCUUUAAUAGCUAAUUGCAGCAUGAAUAGAUGUAAUAGAUUUAAUGUUAUGCAUUAUGAGGUCUGCAUAAUAUGCACCAACUUUUUUAUGAAUAUUAUUUUACUUAAUUAUUGUUGUAUAUUAUUAAUGACAAUGAGGAUUUCUGAAGGUUUUCAGUUAAAUGUUUUAAUACAUACACAGUACUGUUAUAUAUUUCUUUAAUUCUUUUGACAUAUAGUAUAUGAAUGUAAAGAUAGGAAUCAACCCAACUGUGCCCUACUAUACAAAAUAUUUUAGAAUGUCUUUUGUUGGUUUUCUGUCUUAGUUUUGGUGUACAUAUAGAAAAAAGUCCCUUAUGCCCUACAUUUUUUUAUCUUUUGUAUGGAUGUCAUUUAAGUCUAUGACAUUGAAAGUUAUUUUCUUAAAAUCCGUAAUUGAGAAUAACUUAUUAUGGAAACUGAUUUACUCUUCAAUUUUUUCUAAUUACAUGAUAACCAUAUAGUCUUCAUUAGAUUUACUCCAAUUAAGGCCUUGCAGUAGGUGUAUUAAUGGUCAUUUAGGAAAAAUAUUUUAAACAUAUGUUACUCAGGAACAAGGAUGUAAUGUGUUCUGGACAGUUGAGAUAUCACAUAGAUAGUAGUGAUAUCCCCCUUAGCUGGAAUAAUUGGUGCAGAGCUCCUCCGGUGAUGAGAGAUUUCCAGGUAAUGAGACUACUCUCUAAAAAAUGGAAAAAUCCCACAUCCCCUUAACUUUUCCGGUACAGUAAAGCCUCGAGUAACCACAGUAAUGUGUCCGCCCAAUAUUGCAGUGUAAGGUGAAUCAUUGUAUCAUGAAUCAUUAAUUACCAUUAACAUAAAGCAAUAAUAAUGAGAUGCAUUCCCCAGUGUGACCUUUUCAUAACUUUUGUGUGGCCUUUUACCCUCU